AUGAAACGGCCCGCGCUCUGUUUCGCAGCCCUCGUCGCUGCUGGUGCGAUCGUUUCGACACCAAACGUCGCCGCAAAGAACCUCGCGCGAAGCCUGGGCCACCUGGACGCUUCCAAGCUUUUCGCGGCGAUGCUCAGCCCUGACGGCGAGUCCAGAAAUGCUUCCCUUCCACAUUCUCUGUCAUUCGCUGAAGGCGGGGCAGCGGCGCCUGCUGACCGCCCCCGAGACGCAGGGGUUACCGAUUUGGCGUCUCAACUCCGUGUUCUCAAAAAGCGCUCGGACGAACGGCGGAAGGACAAUGAACGGCGACAGAAGGAGUGGGACGAGGAGAAGGCCAAACGGGCCGCUACACGCCGACAGAUAGGGGGCGAGGAGAGCGCUCAGGUGGAUCCCAUGCGCCGCCAGCGCGACCGGCUCGACGCUUGCCUAAGACAAGCGUCCCAAGAGCCUCCGAAUAUCGAGGAUCUCUGCAAGGGCGUCGAAAUCCCAGAUGACUGCCGCUCGGUGGCCCAACACAUCUUGUCGCGACAGGACUUCUCGAAACUGCAUGUCACGUCCAUGAACUUUCACAUUUACUUCAACAGAGCGCCGCUCGCGUUUCUGUUCCCGGUGCUCGAUGCAACAGACCUGCGUCUCUUGGUCAAGCUGUACAUGUACAUUACUAAAUUUGAGGGAUGUGACGGAUUCUCCGUGGCAGACUAUAUUCAACUGGUCGCGAUGGACGUGUUCUCCAGCGAAGAAUAUCUGGCCAAGGCGAAUCACGCUGCGGAUGUGUUUGGCGAGAAAGACGCACAGCUAGUGCCCAAACCCGGUUGGAAGGUUGCGGCUGUAACGCGGUGGAUGAAAGCAAAGCCUGAUAUAAAAUUUUUUGAGCAGCCUUUUCUGUUUGUCACGGCGGCGGUAGCUGCGAUGCUCGAAGUAACAUUGCGACAUCCAUUUCUUACGCAACUCGUCGAUAUGGCCUGCGUCGUGAGACCGCUGUGCCGCAAGGGACUUCGAGAGGUGCUCCUUUGGUCUCUUGAGCAAAACAGCAUGUCCGUCCAGGAUGUCCCACUGGAUUCAGCGCCGAGGCCGCUUGUGGACCAGCUUCGCGUUUACUUGCGCACUCUCCUCGUAGGCAAAUACAAGCGGGUGCGGAGCAAUGGCGGCCGUGUGGCUGCGCAGUUCGUCUAUGCGUAUGGUUUGAAGCUAUCUGAAGAGGCCUCAGGCACCAAGCUGUGA